UGGGCUGCCCGCUGGGCCGGACAUGAAAGAUGUAGUAGGGAAAGGGAGGGACAGCUGCCUGCAGGGGCCCCCAACCCUCGCCACACCCAGGACAGCAGCCUCUCCCCGCUGGCUCCCGGGAGCCAUGGAGACGGAGGGCGCCUCGGCCUCCUCCCGCUUCCCCCAGCCUCACAUGGAGAGGAAAAUGAGCGCCAUGACCUGUGAGAUCUUCAAUGAGCUUCGGCUGGAGGGCAAGCUCUGCGACGUGGUCGUCAAGGUCAAUGGCUUCGAGUUCAACGCCCACAAGAACAUCCUCUGUAGCUGCAGCUCCUACUUCAGAGCUUUGUUUACCAGUGGCUGGAACAACACGGAGAAGAAAGUGUACAACAUUCCCGGCAUCUCCCCCGACAUGAUGAAGCUGAUCAUCGAGUAUGCCUACACGCGCACCGUGCCCAUCACCCCUGACAAUGUGGAGAGGCUGCUGGCGGCCGCUGACCAGUUCAACAUCAUGGGCAUCGUGCGGGGCUGCUGCGAAUUCCUCAAGUCUGAACUGUGCCUGGACAACUGCAUCGGCAUCUGCAAGUUCACCGACUACUACUACUGCCCCGAGCUGCGGCAGAAGGCCUACAUGUUCAUCCUGCACAACUUUGAGGAGAUGGUGAAGGUCUCGGCCGAGUUCCUGGAGCUGUCGGUCACCGAGCUCAAGGACAUCAUAGAAAAGGACGAGCUCAAUGUCAAACAGGAGGAUGCUGUGUUUGAGGCCAUCUUAAAGUGGAUUUCUCAUGACCCCCAAAACAGGAAGCAGCACAUCUCGGUUUUACUUCCUAAGGUGCGCCUGGCGCUCAUGCAUGCCGAGUACUUUAUGAACAACGUGAAGAUGAACGACUACGUCAAGGACAGUGAGGAGUGCAAGCCUGUGAUCAUCAACGCGCUCAAGGCCAUGUACGACCUCAACAUGAACGGGCCGUCCAACUCGGACUUCACUAACCCGCUGACGCGGCCGCGCCUGCCCUACGCCAUCCUUUUCGCCAUUGGCGGCUGGAGCGGUGGCAGCCCGACCAACGCCAUCGAGGCGUACGACGCGCGCGCUGACCGCUGGGUGAACGUGACCUGCGAGGAAGAGAGCCCGCGCGCCUACCACGGCGCCGCCUACCUCAAAGGCUACGUCUACAUCAUCGGCGGCUUCGACAGUGUGGACUACUUCAACAGCGUCAAGCGCUUCGACCCGGUGCGCAAGACCUGGCACCAGGUGGCGCCCAUGCACUCGCGCCGCUGCUACGUGAGCGUCACGGUGCUCAGCAACUUCAUCUACGCCAUGGGCGGCUUCGACGGCUACGUGCGCCUCAACACGGCCGAGCGCUACGAGCCCGAGACCAACCAGUGGACGCUUAUCGCCCCCAUGCACGAGCAGCGCAGCGACGCGAGCGCCACCACGCUCUACGGCAAGGUGUACAUCUGCGGCGGCUUCAACGGCAACGAGUGCCUGUUCACGGCCGAGGUGUACAGCAGCGAGAGCAACCAGUGGACCGUCAUCGCGCCCAUGCGCAGCCGGCGCAGCGGGAUCGGCGUCAUCGCCUACGGGGAGCACGUGUACGCGGUGGGUGGCUUCGACGGUGCCAACCGGCUGCGCAGCGCGGAGGCCUACAGCCCGGUGGCGAACACGUGGCGCACGAUCCCCACCAUGUUCAACCCACGCAGCAACUUCGGAAUCGAGGUGGUGGACGACCUCCUGUUCGUGGUGGGCGGCUUCAACGGCUUCACCACCACCUUCAACGUGGAGUGCUACGACGAGAAGACGGACGAGUGGUACGACGCGCACGACAUGAGCAUCUACCGCAGCGCGCUGAGCUGCUGCGUGGUGCCGGGGCUGGCCAACGUGGGCGAGUACGCGGCUCGCCGCGACCACUUCCCGGGCCUGGCCCCGCGGGACGAGGUGAAGUACUCCGCCUCGACCAGCACCCUGCCUGUGUGAGCCUCCGUAGCUAAUAAA